GCUUAAAUAAACUCAAACGCUAUUAAACGAUUUCCAAAUAAUUUGAAGACGCUAUCAAUUAUAAACGAUUACAAAAUAUUAAAUGGCAAUGACUAUCGUUCUUAUCUUGAGUGCUGUUAUCUCUAAACUACGAAAUCAUAAUUUUUUUCCCGGUCACGCGCAGAAAAAAAACUCCACGUCACGUGUAAAAAUAAAUUAAUCUACACGUGUGACUAAAAUGUUAUUUACCGUUUCAAAUAUUUUUCAAUUGAGUGUCAAUUUUUUUGAUAUUUAAAUAAGCGAGUUGAGUUCACCAGUACAUUUUCUUCAUAAUGUAUCGACAUCUAAGAAUUAUCUGUCCCAGUCAAAGGUCAAACAUUUCAUUAAAAAACCUUGUAGAAAGUUUUAAACGAAUUUCAAGCCACAACUAUGCAUUCCACGAAAAUCAAGAACCUUCCGGCAAAGGUUCUGAAAACGGAAAGAAAUUCGAAAGAUACAUUGUCUACGGCGCAAUCACAUCAGCUCUAGGCGUCUAUUAUUUAUACAAUCAUUCAGCAUUUAAGGAAGUACAUGCCUUCGAGCCAGAAAGACAAGUAUGUGGAACUCGAAGGAGCGAUUUGCGAACGUUUUCUGCUGAAGAAGUUGGAAAGCAUGAUAAUAAGGAAUCCGGAAUUUGGGUCUCCUAUAAGGAAGGAGUCUAUGACAUAACAGAUUUUGUCGAAAAGCAUCCUGGAGGUCCCAAGAAAAUAAUUAUGGCUGCUGGCAGCUCGAUUGAACCAUUUUGGAAUAUAUUUGCGAAUCAUCAUCAAGACGAUAUUUACCAAUUGCUCGAAUCCAUGAGAAUUGGCAAUCUUUCAACCGAGGAUGUUAGUUCUGAUCAAGAUAAUUCGGAUGAUCCUUAUGCUAAGGAACCUAAACGGCACAAAGCCCUGAAAAUUAAUGGGCAUAAGCCAUUUUGUGCUGAACCUCCUGCUGCUUUGUUGAUCGAGAGUUUCAUCACACCUGCGGAACUAUUUUACGUGAGAAAUCAUCUGCCAGUUCCUGAAAUCGAUAUAAAAGAUUACGCGCUGGAAUUGGCAAUUGAAGAGGACACAAAAAAGGCCUUGAAGUUGAACGAUUUGAAGAAAUAUCCUAAGUACACUGUAACGAGUGCAAUAAUGUGCGGAGGCAAUCGAAGAUCAGAAAUGGCAGAGGAAAAAAAUUUAAAAGGAUUAAGUUGGAGUGUAGGUGCUGUUGGAAAUGCAACUUGGUCUGGUGCGAGACUCUGCGAUGUUUUAAAAUCUCUAGGAAUCGAUGAAGAAAAAUACAAUCACGUCCAGUUUGAGGGUUUAGAUUUCGAUCCAUCAGGUUCACCCUAUGGUGCAAGCAUCCCCAUAGGCAAAGCACUGGAUCCUAGAGCAGAUGUCAUCCUCGCUUAUGAAAUGAAUGGAAGUCCGAUUCCUCUCGAUCACGGAUAUCCGGUUCGGGUAAUUGUUCCAGGAGUUGUUGGCGCUAGGAACGUAAAAUGGCUAGGAAAAAUCGUAAUUUCAAAAGAGGAAAGCCAUUCGCAAUGGCAACGAGGAGACUACAAAGGAUUUUCUCCCAGCACAACUUGGGAAAACGUCGAUUUCUCAAAGGCUCCUGCAAUUCAAGAAAUGCCCGUUACUUCCGCUAUUUGCGUUCCUAGCUCAAAAGAAAAAGUCGAGAUCAAGAAUGGAAAAAUUAGUGUCAAAGGUUACGCUUGGUCAGGAGGAGGCAAAAAAAUAAUUAGAGUCGAUGUGACUGCAGACCGGGGUGAAACUUGGCACACAGCAGAUUUAGUGGCAGAAGAUCCAAAAGCAAAACCAGGUCGAUAUUAUAGCUGGAGUUUGUGGAGUCUAGAAUUGCCAGUUGAUCCAAAGAAAAAAGAAGUAGAGAUCUGGGCAAAAGCUGUCGACUCCUCCUACAAUGUACAACCUGAGAGUUUCAAAAACAUCUGGAAUCUCCGAGGAUUUCUUUGCAACGCUUAUCACAGAGUCAAGGUUCAAUUAAAACGAUAGCUCUUGACUAUUAAGUGAAAAAAUGAAAAGAGAUUAAUGGUAUUUACUCAUAUUUAUAAGGAAAUAGUACUUAAAUACCUAAAGAGUGAGAUCCCGGUAAUUAAGGUAUGAAAUACGUAAAAUAGUUCAUUUAACCCUGAAAGCCGUAAAAUUACUUAAAGAGCAGACUGGGUGUUCGACACCCAAGGGUAUUCAAACCUAUGCUGUGCCGACGGUAUUGGAUAGUUUUUUUUACAAGAAAAUCAAUUAAUGAUGUUUAAUCUAUCUAGUUUAAGGAGAAAAAGGUUCCAUAACAGUUUUUGAAAUAUCAAGUAGUUAAAAAAAUGCUUUUUGGAAAAAAAAUAAAAAAAUGACUUCUUUCACUUUAAAAUUCGUAACUUUAUAAGUUUUUGAUAGUAUUACUUAAAAUUUUACUUGAAUACUUCCGAGAUACGGCGCUUCAAAAAUCAAAUUAGUCUUAUAGUAUUCGCUCCAAAGAAGGUAUUUAUUCUAAAAAAUAAAAGCUUCAAUUCAAUGAAAAAUGAAAUACCUUACUUUGCGUAAUUAAACGAUUUUCUUGAUCUUAAACUGAAUAUAAAAAUUAUAAGAAUCAAAAUUAUGUGAAAAUAACAUAGAAAAAUAAGUUUUCAUAACAUUUUUUAAUGUGGCACCAUAUGUUCCAUUUUCUUGAAUUUGGUACGUUUUGUUAAAGCGCAAACAAGUUUCAGGGUCUUUUACACCCAGAAUGCCCUUUAAGGGUUAAAUAGAUA